GUGUUUCCAGACUAUAGAACUGUUUUUAUGUAUUUUUCAUUCAACUCAGUGAUCACCGGAUGGCCAGGGAAUGAUAAAGACAGACGUAUAAAUGAAAUGAAGAAAAAUGAUAGUUCACUGCAGGGGUUAUUACAUUGCUGAUAGUACCGAGAUCUUAGGAAUGGUUUUCAAUAGUUUUGACAGUGUAGUGCAGAUAAAUAAUUCAUGUGAAUGAAAUUAAAUCCUAUAUUUCCCCUGGAAUGUAAAAAAUUUCCGAUGAAAAAUGAUUUUUUCUGUGAUGGUAGUCCUUGUGAUGACUAAUGCCGGACAAAUAAAUGCACAGCUUGAAGGAGACGCAGUAAUGUUCCGCGAGGGGGGAGAUAAUUGUAGGACUCCCGUGGGAAAAGCAGGGACUUGUAUAAAAAUUAGUAGAUGUCGAGAGUUGGUGGAUGUUCUCAGACAAACUGGACAUCCCACGAAUGAGGAUUUGGACAGGUUGAGGAGAGCUAAUUGUGGAUAUGAUCGGCUGGAGGCGAAAGUCUGCUGUUCCAGUGAAGUAACAUUUGAUACUCUGUCUACAACACCUCUCAUUCCCUCGCAGACUCCACAGUCUCCUCCAGACGUAACGGCUCAUCCGAAUCUUAGGCUCCUCGACCACAAUGUCUGUGGUCCAGUGACAGAACAGAGAAUAAUAGGAGGUAACAAAACUGGGGUAUUCGAUUACCCGUGGAUGGCCCUCAUCGCUUAUAAAAUCAACAACAAGCAAAUAGAAUUCAGAUGUGGCGGGUCUGUGAUUAACAAUCGUUACAUUCUGACUGCUGCCCAUUGUGUCACCCAGCUUCCGUCAGCUUUGACUCUGAUCGGUGUACGGGUUGGAGAGCACGAUUUACGGACCGAAAGAGACUGUAAUAAAGACCUGGAUGGUCUAGAAACUGACUGUGCCGAGCGUUACCAAGACUUUGGAAUCGAAGAGGUCCACUUCUACUCAGGAUUUACGAAAUCGGUUCUACAGGAUGACAUAGGACUGAUAAGAGUGGAUUCAUCCAUAGAUUUUCGUCCAAUAAAUGCAAGACCAAUUUGUCUUCCCAUCGGUGAUGCAGCUACGCAUCAUCAGAAGAAGGUAAUCGUGACGGGAUGGGGAGCGACAGAAAAUGGCCCCAGGAGUCAAGACCUCCUCCAGGUGAAGCUCGCCCUAGUCUCUAAUGAGGAAUGUGCAAAGGCGUACAAGAAAAACAUAGUGAUCUGGUACAAGCAAUUGUGUGCUGGAGGUACUGACCAUAAAGAUUCAUGCCUUGGGGAUAGUGGCGGCCCUCUUCAAGCACCUUCCAUCUACAAUAAGACUAAUGUGAGAUUUGUGCAGUAUGGAAUCGUCAGCUUUGGAACUAAGAACUGUGGGAUUGAGGGCUAUCCUGGGGUCUACACCAGACUUGCCUAUUACACUGACUGGAUUCUUGAUCGAACUCUUCGUCUCCCCUGGCAUGCAAAAAAUUUUCAAUUAAAAAUGAUUUUUUCUGUGAUUGUGGUACUUGUGAUGAUAAAUGCAGUGAAAGUAACUACAGACCAUAAUGAAGGCGCAGUAAUAUUUCCUGAUGGAGAUGAUUGUAGAACUCCUAAUGGAAAAUCCGGGACUUGUAUCAAUGUUAAGAGGUGUCAUAUGCUGAUACGUUCUCUGAACUUACCUGGACAUCCCACGAAGGAGGAUGUAGACUUGCUGAGGAAAUCUCGUUGCGGACUUGAAGGGCCACAGGGGCGGGAGUUUAAAGUCUGUUGUCCUUCUUGGACAAGUGUGGAGAAUCGACCAAAGUCGUCAUUGGUAGCCACACCUAUAAUGCCUGUUAUAACUGAAGCAACAAUUGCACCCUCUCACCCAGAUACCCAUGAUUUACCUCCAGACGUAACAACUCAUCCAAAUCUCCGGCUCUUGGAUCAGGAUAUUUGCGGUCCAGUGACCGAGGAAAAAAUAAUAGGUGGUAACAAAACUGGAGUGUUCGAUUAUCCCUGGAUGGCUCUCAUCGCUUACAAAGUCUACAAUAAUUACAUAGAAUUUCGAUGUGGCGGGUCUGUGAUUAACAAUCGCUAUAUUUUGACUGCUGCACACUGCGUCACCCAGUUUUCUGCAGCUGUAACUCUCAUAGGUGUACGUGUUGGAGAAUACGAUCAACGAACAGAGAGAGACUGUAACAAAGGUCCGGAUGGUGUACAAACCGACUGUGCCGAGUAUUACCAAGAAUUCGGGAUUGAGGAGAUCCACUUCCACUCAGCAUAUACUAAAUCGGUGUCACAGAACGACAUAGGACUGAUAAGAGUAGAUUCACCCAUAGAUUUUGGUCCAAUAAAUGCAAGACCAAUUUGUCUGCCCAUUGGUGAUGCAGCCACACAUCAUCAAACGAAAUUCAUCGUGACAGGGUGGGGUGAAACAGAAACUGGCUCCGGCAGUCCAGACCUUCUCCAGGGGAAACUCACCUUAGUGUCUAAUGAGCAAUGCGCGAAGGCGUACAAGAAGAACACGAAGAUCUGGCACAAGCAGCUGUGCGCUCAAGGCCAUCAAUUUUCCUGCUUUGGAGAUAGUGGAGGUCCUCUCCAAGCUCCUGCGAUCUAUAAUAAGAUUAGUGUGAAGUUCGUGCAGUACGGAAUCGUGAGUUUUGGAACUAGAGACUGCAAGACGCCAGGAUAUCCUUCAGUCUACACCAGAGUUGCGUAUUACACAGACUGGAUUCUUGACCAUUUGAAGGAAUGAAUACGCUUAUUUAUUGUUAACAGAUGAUCGCUGAUUAUGAACAUUUAGGCAAGAGAAGUUAGAAUUUAAAUCUUUAUAUAGGGGGCGUAUAAAUUGCAUCAUGUGCUUUUUGGACUCCCCUUCUGUCACAAAGGUGAACCUCUCGUUUUAACAUUCCUCCUACGUAAGGUUGCCAAAAAUUUGGUUUCUUUUUGCUUUUUUGUGUUGUUAUUAGGUAAUUUUUUUAAUUUAUCGAAAGCAAUGAAAAAUUACGUAAAUAAUACUAUGUGUAUAUUAUGUGGUUUUAUAUUGCCAGAUAUGUUGCAACGCCUUUUAUCAACUAUGUACAAAAGGAGUAAGCACGAA